AUGCAGAGGGGUUCUCUAAAUUCUGGGGAACAGCAAUCUUCUGCUGAAUUUUUCACACAUGAUGGUAUUUUUUCACUCGAUUCAGCCCAGUGGUUCAGAGUAGUGAAUUCCUUGACGAAUUUGCAAGUUUGCAACAACUACCUGGUUGGUGCUACUUCAAAAAAUACCUUAAUAAGAACACCCACUGUUCCUCCUUACAAUAUAUCUGAAAUUGAAAUUAGUCGCCUUUCAGAUGACCGAGUUCAUAAUAUUUUUCUGGAUCCUAUGGGCUGGCAUACUGUAAUAAGUAUGCAGUCUGGCACAAAUUUUUAUAUCAAUAAAGGUAUGAAAAAGGUUCGCCCACUUAACAAAACAAAAGAUCAUUUGUUUGACUCUAUAGCUUGGAAUCAUCAUAAUGUAAAUGAAUUAUCUACACAAGAAAUUUUAAUCGGUACAAAUGAUGGACUGAUUUUUGAAACAAUGCUUAUGUUUAACGAGGAUAGCUUUUUUAGUUCAGGAACUAUUGAACAGUAUUGGAUCCAGAUGAUUAAUUUAGGACAUAGUGUAACAGGUGUAGAAGUGAUUCGCUUUCCUACUGGUUCACCUAAUGUACUAGUUGGUGAACCGCAACGAUGUGUAGUCUUUGCUACAACACCUUGUCGUAUGUAUCAAUUUGCUGGAUGGAUAAAUACUAACAGUUCAACAACUGGUUCAAUUUUAUCUCAUCUAGCAGCAAAUACUGCUACAACUGGUAUAUCCAAUGCAAUAAAUGCUUAUACUGGUGGUCAUAGGUCUAGUUUAGUGAAUGAAUAUAAUCAACAACAAUCUGUUGGAAUACAAAAUACAACUAUAUUUCCCAUUAUCACUGGACUAUUCUCUAGUGUAUUUAACUCAGAUGAGAAACUACCUGUUGGUUCCAAAGUUACUGAAUUUCCCGGAAGUUUUGGAUAUAGUGAUUUAAAACUGUACCGUAAUGUAAAAGAUGAACUUCCUAGUAAAUUUGCCUGGAUGACAGGUCCAGGUGUUUACUUCGGUUACAUAAGAACAGAACAAUUAAGUAUGCCUCCAUUUACAAAACUUUCAACAAAUGAUCAACCAAUUGAUGUAAAAUCAUUUCCAAGUGAAGCUGUUUCCACUCUACCCACUACCACGGAUAAUACAGAUGAUCCAAAUCAACUAAAAGAUAUAUUCUCUGGUCGUGGUGUUAAUUUGACGCGAUAUACAAAACUUAUUCCGUAUCCAAUUAUUCAUAUGCUUGAACGACCUGGUGUACCAUUAGGCAUUUGUUUGACAGAAUUUCAUCUUAUCAUUGUUUAUGUAGAUCGCAUUAAAGCUGUGAAUACUUUAGAUGGUCGAGCAGUUUAUUCAAUGCCGUUAAAUAAUAUCAUUGGUUGUGAACGAGCUUUAGGUAUAUCACGUGAUUCAUUGUCUAAUCGUAUUUGGAUAUUCAGUAAUAAUCAUUUAGCUCGAUUAAAUAUGAAGAAUGAAUUAUGUAGAAUAUGGCAAAUCUAUUUGGAUCGACUACAGUUUGAUGAAGCGCGUCAAUUUUGUCAGGAUCCUAGUCAAAUGGAUACCAUUAAUAUACGUGAAGCGGAAUAUAAUUUUGAUAAUGGAAAUUAUGAACUUGCAGCUAAAUUGUUUGCUCGUAGUUCUAUACCAUUUGAACAAAUUGCAUUACGUUUUUUUCGUUUAUCCUCAUUAUCAUCAUCAUCAACAACAUAUACAAUAGAUUUUCCAUCAACUAUUAUACCAUCUACAUUAAUUCAACAAGGUUAUGAAAUUAACGAUGAUCAUGAUAUUAUGGAAGCAUUGAUUAGUCAAUCACAAUAUCAAACUAAUGAAAAACUAACAUGUAUCAUUAAUUCAUCUAUAAAACAAUAUAAAUCAUUAAUAACAUCAAUUCAUUCAUACAAUAAUAUUAGUAGUAGUAUUAUAAGUAGUACAUUAACACCAUUAAAAAUAUUUUUAUCAUCAAAAUUGAAUUAUUUAAUAGAACAAAAGAAUCAAUUGUUAAAUCAUACAAAUAAAUUAUCAUUAGUAAAUAUAUCAGGUCAAAUUAUUUUAUUAGCAAUAUGGUUAAUAGAAUUAUUAUUAACUGAAUUAAAUAUAAUAAAUGAUCGUCUUAAAAUGAUCACAAAACAGGAUUAUAAUGUAAUGGAUGAAAUUGUUAAUGAUGAUGAUGAUGAUAGAACUGUUGUCAUUAACAAUGAUAAUAAUGAUGAUGGUCAUGAUCAUGAUAAUGUUAAAUUAAUAUUACAAAAUCGUCUAGCUUCUGUACGACGUGAAUUUCGUACAAUCUUAGCAUUGCCUGAAGUAUUGAAUUUUUUACCUGAAGCAAAAUCGUUGAUAUACGAUCUAUUAGAAAAUCAUGGUGAAAAUGAUGAACUUGUUUAUUUUAUGGAAUUAAUGAAAGAUUAUCCUCGUUUAGUGGAUCAUUAUAUGCGUCAAUGUAUGUAUAGUGAUGCUUUAAAAAUAUUAGCCACCUAUCCAAAUUGUUUAGAUCGAUUAUAUGAUCAUGCAUCGUGUUUAUCUAGUAAAUGUCCAGAGGAAUUUGUCAAUGUAUGUCUUCGUUUAAACAAUAAAUUGGAUAGUAAUCGACUUCUACCGUCAAUUAUGUUGUUACCAAAUAAUCAAGCAAUACAUUACCUAGAAGAUACGAUUGAAAAAUAUACUAAUGAUAUAUCAAAUCAAGCUAUACAUCAUAUGCUUAUAUCAUUAUAUGCUAAUGAAUAUCAUUUAAAUCAUAAUGAUGAUAGAUUAAUGAAAUAUUUAGAAAAAGUUAGUAUACAAGCAAUUCAUAUAAAACGAUUAAAACAACAACAUCAACAGAAUAUUGUCGAUGAUGGAGAUCUAUUCAACGAUUAUCAAUUAUUGAAUAUGGAUCUAAAUGAAUUAUCAUUAUUUGAACAUGAUCAUGAUAUAAUGAAUAAUUAUCCUAAAAGUAAUGAAAUGAAUAAAUUGAAAUGUUUAACAGAUCAAUCUAAAGAACAAAAUAUUCAAUCAUUGUUACCUUAUGAUCCUGGUUAUGUUCUUCGUUUAUGCAAAGAAGUUGAUCAUUUAAAAGGUGUACUUUAUAUGCUACAAUUAUUGGAUAUGCAUCAAGAAGCUUUACAAUUAGCCAUUGAAUUGAAUGAUAUACCAUGCGCUAAAGAAAUUGCUCAAAGUGAAUUCUUGAAUUCUAUUGUACGUCGUCAAUUAUGGAUCCAAUUAGCCCAGCAUAUUAUUAGUACUGAUGGAGGUAUGCAAGAGGCUAUCAAUUUAUUAAGAGAUUGCCCUCUAUUGAAAUUAGAAGAUAUUCUUCCAUAUUUCCACCAAUUUGUUACUAUUGAUCAGUUUAAAGACGUGAUCUGUACAUCAUUGGAUUCGUAUAAUGAACGAAUUGAUAAUGUGAAAAAUGAAAUACAAAGUACAAUGAAAACUAUUGAUGAAUUACGUACACAAUCGAAUAAUCUACGAUAUAGAUAUGAAAUUAUAGAGAAUGAUUCACGUUGUAGUCAUUGCAAUCAUCUUUUAACUCUACGUGCAUUUUAUGUUUUUCCAUGUGGUCAUAACUUUCAUAUAAGUUGUCUCACUGAAUUGGUGAAACCGUAUUUAUCAGCAGAGGAAAAUUCAAAAUUGUCAAAAGCUUUGGAAUCUCAAAAUCUUAGAAAUAAUUCAUCUAUAAGUAACUUUGAAGAUAUUUUCGAUGAAAUCAUUGCUAAUGAUUGUGUUCUAUGCGGUCAUAUAGCUAUUGAAAAUUUAUCUAAAUUAUAUUAUGAAAAUCAAGUAGAUUAUGAAAAUGAACUAUCAAUUUGGCAAUAG